UUGUGAUUCGUCACAGGGUUAAUUUUCGUAAAACUUCAAUGGUGUCCGACAAGAAGAAAAGUUCUCAGGAAAUCUUCAAGGAUAUGUAACUAGUUUCGCUUACUCUAGAAAUGUUUUUGUCUUAGCUGAGUAGGAUAUUUUUCGGUUUUUAGUGUUGUGAUUUUCAUAAAUUUCGCCAAAAUGUCCCAACAGUCGGAUUUAACGCAGCGUAAAGGUAAUCAGGUGAUACACGUCCGGGACAACAGUGGGAACGAACUCGAAGAAUUAUUUAAUGUUGCUAUGAACCCGUCCCGCUCGGGACAAACAGGACAAGUGCCUAUGAAAAUGCGUAAUUUCCCAGCUUCUUUUUUUACACCACCAAACUCUCAACAGUCAGGUCACUCAAAACAAGGUAGUAACGAUUCAACAGGUUUUGGACCUAACAUAAUUGCACCUCCAGUGCAUACAAGGGCGCAUUCAUCACCUGCAAGUUUGCAGCCAUUAUCCACUAUUCCACAAAAUCCUCCACAGCAUCAACAUGCAAGGCAACAUUCAUGUGACUCAAUGUUAGACAACGAACCCCCUCUGCCUCAAGGUUGGGAAAAGGCAAGAACUCCAGACGGACAACUUUACUAUAUAAAUCAUAUUUUACAGACAACAACAUGGAUAGACCCAAGAAAAACAAUUAAUCAGCAGCCAAACCUGAAUGGCCUUCAGAGUGCCCCACCUCCCCCACCACAACACUCCCCAAACGUCUCACUACAGAAUAUAGGGCCCCUUCCACCAGGCUGGGAACAAGCUUUUACACCUGAAGGGGAAAUGUAUUACAUCAACCACAUGGAACGGAAUACAAGUUGGAUGGAUCCUAGAUUAAUUCUUACAACAGCUCAGAGAAUGCAAGAUGUUAGAUUACAACCACCACCACAAAUAUCAGCACAACCAAAAUACAGUCCCACAAUACAAAUGACACAGUUACAAGCUGAAAAAGAAAAGCUGCGAAAAAGGCAGGAAGAAAUAGAUCGCCAGGAGAUGCUCCUUAGGGCACGAAUGCAGCAAUUACAACAAAGUGGGGACAGUAAUCUGAAGCAAGAUCCAUUACAGUCCGACCCAUUCUUAGGUCAAAACCCCUCGUCUGACCACUCACGACAAGCUAGCACAGACAGCGGUGUUGGUGGAAUGGGCACAGGGAACAGCUAUAGCUUACCCAGAACUCCUGAAGAUUUCCUGAGUAACGUUGAUGAAAUGGACUCAUCAGACUCAAGCCACAGAUUUAAUGAUUUUGGAGGAAUGGACAUUGGAAGCCUAAGUACAGAUGAUACCAGCAACAUGGAUAGUGAUAAUUUAGUGCCAAGUUUACAGGAGGACUUAUCAGGGGACUUAAAUUUAAAUGAAAUGGACGUAUUAAAUAAAGAUGACAAUGGCCUGUUAACAUGGUUAUGAGGUCAAAUGCCAAAGAUCAAAGUUCAUUGACCACAUUUCAGCCAUCAUGUGUAAAGUGUUCUUCUUAUUUUACAAAUGUAGUUUUAUUUCGAUCAUCAAAAUGUUUUCAAAAGAAGAAUUUCAGUUAGAACUGAGUAAAAAAAGGAAACAUACUGGGAGUGGACACAGAAAAGAUGAUUUAAAGUAUAUAUGUGAUGGAACGCCAAAGAAUAUGCAGGGAAAAUAUAAAAAGAAAAACAUAUCACUUUUUUUCAUAGUUCCUCAUUUCAUGGGAUUAUGGAAAACAGUUUCUAAAGCUCUUAUCAAUUAGAAUCAAAUUUUCAUUAUCAUUUUCAGAUGAGAGCUUGUAAAACGUGAGGUAAAAGUCAUCUUUUCAAAAUGCUUUGAUGAUCCAGGUCAUUGUUGACAAAAUACUUGAUAUAUUCCAUGUUGCAAUGGUAAAUGUUGUUGUCAUAUUUUCCCAUAUGGGGAGAUUUUGUUUGUUUAUAAAUAUUUAAUAAAUAAUUAUUUUUCCAGUAGGAUUUUUUUUAUAGAAUAUCAGGGAAAAAUUACAAAAAAAUUUUGUAUUGACAUAUAUCAUGAAAUAUACAUACACAACAUCCAUCAUGGAGUUAUACAUAUAUACAUACACAAAAAAAGUCAUUUACGUUGUAUCAUUAUUUCAUAGUCAAUCAAAAUUUGAGUAUUCAGUGAAAGGUAGAGUCGCUUUUGAUAUAAUAAGUUGUGCAAUGAUAUCUUCCGUCAAACAGCGGCUUUACCUCCAUUUUGUUUUCUUUCUUGUUCAUGUUUUGUUGAUAAGCAGCAGAAACAAGUUAUUUGUUGUACUACACAUUCAGUUCUAAGUAUCUUGUAGACUUUUCUUGACUAUUGUGUAUCAAUUAGUACUUUGGUAAUUGUAGUUUAUGACUUCUUUUACUUUGUGUGAAAGAUAAUGAAGUUUUUAGUUAUAUUAUUACAGUUUCAAGCUUUUAUCUAUCUUUUUUCUUUUUCUUUUUAGUAAAUCUUAUUGAUUUGAGAAAUCUCUUUUUAUUUGUUGUGGAAAAAAGAGUGCUGAUAGUUGUUUUUGUCUGAUUAAAACAGGUUUUUUCAUUUUCUCCAUUUACUCGAAUAUGGCAUGAAUGUUGAAGGAAAUCCAGUCAAAGGUCAACUUGAACGUCAAGGUCAAAUGACACCAAUUAUCAGGUUACAUUAUUAAUGUCGAUACCAGAAAGGCAUAUUUAUACGUCAUGAACUAAAAGUUAUCAAUGUUCAAGAACAAGAUCUUACUCAAGGAUAAAUUGCUUGCCUUUGAUAGUGGAAAAGCUAAAGAAUUAGUUUUUGUCUGGAACAAUAUUUUGCAUUCAGCGAUUUUGUCCAUGAAAUAAAAAAUCUAUUUCACAAUAAAAAAAAGUAGGCUGAUUUGCUUGUAGAAUUUAGACUUAUUUGGUUACCUUCAAUGUUCAUGCUGCAGUAAAUAGGAAGUCUGUGAAAGUUUGAUUUUAAUCAGGCUGGUUAUUGUUUAACCCCUUUGUGAAAGCUUAUCUCUUAACUGACGUCAGUAAAAUGUCAUUGUGUACAUGCAUAUUAAAAUAUAAAUACAAAGUAUAUAUUAUUAUUUCUCCAAACUAUGCAAUAUACUCCAGUUGUAUUUAUUUAUAUGUUCAAAAAGUAGAAUGGACAAAAAUUAUAUAGAAAUUGGACCAAUUGAACUUAAUUUUAAUUUGUUUUGCUUAAUUUUUAAUAUUCUGAGUAGCUAUAGUGAAGUUUUAAAUAGUGUUUUUACAGAAAUGUUGGAACCUCAAAAUUAAAAGAGAAGCAUUUAAGAAAUUUGAUUUCAAAAAUAUAUUUGAUUAGAAAAGUCUGCAGAUAUGGAAAAAAUGAUUUCUGUUUUUAACUCUUUCAUUUAAAAAAAAAUCUUAAGAUUAAAUUUUGUUGGUCCGCAAAAUUGAAUAGGUAUGUUAUUAAAAAUAUGUAUUACAGAACACUUUAUAUUUCUAUCAUUUAUAAUCACAAGUUUUAAAUAGAUAGAAAAUUUAGAUAUUAAUAUCUAGUAUGAAAAUGUAAGAAAAAAUUAUAUUUGAAGGUUGUAAAAUAUACUAUAUUUAGAAGGUUUUAAUACUGGAUUGAAUAUAGCGUUUCCAAUGUUAUUGUAAUGUGUUUACUAACAGUUUGGGUCAUUUAAUUUUUAAAACAUCUGGAAACCUCUUGUAUGUUUUAUUAAGAUUAAUAAAGAAAUUGAAAAUGGCCCAAAAUUUUAUGCAAUUUUCAGUUACAAAAUACUAAAAAGAAUUAUUUCAGAGUCUAUAUUUUUAAUUUUCAAAGUUGUUGCUUUUAAUAGUUGCCUUAGCAACUCAUGUGUGAUAUUCGUAUUAAACCUGUGAUUUUUGUCAGAGAUCUUUGCAAUUUUUACCUCAUGUAUUUUAAUGCUUGCUGGCAAGAGGCUGAAUACAAGAUUUUUUUAAUGCAGCUUAUGUAACAUAUUGAGUUCAACGGUCAGUUUUCAAAUAGCAGCUCACUGUUGUUCACAGGAGAACUCAUUUAAACUUUUGUUGUAUUGUGUGAUUCCAAAUUUGUUGAAUUUGUGUGACAAAAUUUAUUUUGAUACAAUCACCAUUUUGAUAAAAAUAUUCUUAAUUUGGAAUUGAUAUUUUUUUAUAUUUGAUUAAAGGCAGUUAUGAUAUGAGCAAAAUUUACAUUCCAAUGUCCAAGUUAAAAGGCUCUCUGUGGGAAGAAAAAAACCUUUAGAAAGGUUUACUGUGGCAUUCAUAUGAUAAUUCAAUAUACAGUUUUGAAGAGAAUCAGGGAAAUUGUUUAUAAAUACCCCACUGAGACCCUUGACACAAUUUUUCUCACAAGGUUGAAACAACUGUCAUACACAAACAACUGGUUGCUGUUUGUUGACUUGUGGUUGUCAUGACAAUAUUUAAAUCUGCCAUAAGGCAGUAAGUAAAUAACUUGCAUAUAUUAUUAAUACUUGCAUUGAGGAUGUGUUUCAAUAGAUAUUUUAUUUUUUAUUAGAUAAGAUUUAUUUUUCCCCUCAACUAAUGUGCAUUUUUGUGGUGCUAAAAUUUUGUAUGUUAAUAGUAUUUUCAAACUUUUAGUUGCUCAUUUAUAGAGCUAACUAUGUAUAAUUUGGUCGGGUGUUUUCUUAAAUUUUAACGCCACAAAACUUGAUAAAUAUAAAGAAGAUGCACAGUUUUUUUUGUGUUAACUCAACCUUAGACAAGUGCUAGAUUUAUUUUUAGAUUUCUAUGUGUACAGUUAGUAUUGAUUUUCAUUUGAUAUUUGUGUAGUAUAAUUUUAUAAUUUGUUUCAUUUGUAUAAGAAUCAUUUAGUUCAGUUUUUAUUUCAAAUCCUAGGAUCAACUCUAAAAUAGUUAUUUUAGAACUGAGACAUGAAAAUCUAAAUCUUCAAGUUUUUAUAUGUGACAAAAAUAACUUUGGUAUAAAAAAAAACAUAAAGGUAGAUCUAGAGUAUUGUCUCAUUGACAAUCAUACCACAUCUUAUUUUUACAGGACUAAAACUUGAGGAAAAGACAUGAUAAAGUUUUAGCUUUCUUUUUUAUCAUCUCAAAAAAUCAUAUCUACACCUUCACACUAAAUGUUUGAUUUACAGGUAUGAAAAGGGCUUUAUCAUUUCUUAAAAUUCAGAAAAUCAUCUUUACACCUUCACAUUUAAUGUUGGACUGAUUGUAUGAAAAGGACUUUUAUUCUCUCUUAAUUUUAGAAAGUAUCCACACUUUCACAAAAAAUGUCUUACUUAUAAGUAUGAAAAAGGGCUGUAAAGGGGAUGUUUUCACUGAAGAAAAGAAGUUUUGAAUUCAAGCAUAGUGCUCACUGUUGAUUUGGACAUGAUAAGUAAAAUAAAAGAUAAGUAAAACAGACCCUAUUAAUAUCAAAUAGAAAAUAACUCUUUUAUUGCAUACAGUAUAAGAAAAGAAAAAUACCACAAUUAUAUAGGGAUUAAACUGAAACUGGACACAACCAGAAACAACACACCAAUACCUAGACAUAGCAUUCAUUAUUUAUUUAUUUAUCUCAUCCUGUUUUAGAGUUGAUCAAUACAAACCGUUUUGUAAUGUUCAGUUAUUUUUGUAAGUUUAUAGACAUUUUUAUAUUCACUUCCUCAUGCAUUAAAUACCAUGAACAUUUUUCGAUACUUCAACUUAUGCAUAGCAAGUUCAACAUUGUACAUAUGAUCUCAAUAAAGAAAAGGCAUGGAGAUUUUAAAUUUGUAAAAAAAAGUGAGAAAAUUGUUAUAUAUGUACCUUAAGCCUGGGUACUUAUAUUGUAAAUAAAAAAUCAAAAAAAUCAAAUAAAAAUAGUAAAUAAA